CGCCGGCGGAGGCGGCGGAGGGAGCGGGAGGGUCGCUCGGGGCCGGCGGGCAGCGGCUCCGGCUCCGGGUUCGGCUGCGCUCCGGACCGGACCGGACCGGGCCGGUCGGGACCGUCCCGCCAUGGGGACGCCGGGCGCCGGACGCAAGCGGCUGCCGAACCGGGAGCGCCUGACGGCGGAGGACGAUGCGCUCAACCAGAUCGCCCGCGAGGCUGAAGCCAGACUCGCGGCGAAGCGAGCGGCGCGGGCGGAGGCGCGGGAGAUCCGGAUGAAAGAGCUGGAGAGGCAGCAGAAGGAGAUCUAUCAGGUGCAGAAGAAAUAUUAUGGGCUGGAUACUAAGUGGGGAGACAUCGAGCAAUGGAUGGAAGACAGUGAGCGUUAUUCCCGUAGAGCCCGAAGAAAUGCCUCGGCUUCGGAUGAAGAUGAGCGCAUGUCAGUGGGUAGCCGUGGAAGCCUGAGGUCUCAUUUGGAUUAUGCCAGCACCUACCCAGUGGCUGGAUUAGAGAGUGAGAGGACCAAAAAGAAGAACUACUCCAAAGCAACCAAUGGUUAUGAGGAAGACGUGUAUGGAUCAUCCCAGAGUAGAAAAUCUAGCAGGGCUUCCUACUACUCUGACCUGGGUCUCCCCAACAGCAGCUAUGCUUCCACAUCUCAACUUUCUUCCCAAAAUGGAAAUUGGGCCUCUGUGUACGAGGAGAGCGUUUACAGUGGGAGCCGGCGCUAUAGUGCCCCCAGUUCCCGCGCUCCUUCUGAGUACAGCUGCUACCUUGGUUCGGGAUCUCGGGCAUCCUCCAGAGCCAGCUCUGCUCGGGCCAGUCCAGUGAUUGAGGAAAGGCCAGAAAAAGACUUUGAGAAGGGAGCACGAACUGUCUCAAGUUUAUCAGCAGCUACCUUGGCUUCUCUGGGAGGGACAUCUUCACGGAGAGGCAGUGGGGACACGUCCAUCUCAGCUGACACAGAGGCAUCCAUCAGGGAAAUCAAGGACAUCUAUGAGUUAAAGGACCAGAUUCAGGAUGUAGAAGGCAAAUACAUGCAGGGGCUGAAAGAACUGAAGGACUCUCUAGCUGAAGUUGAGGAGAAAUACAAGAAGGCUAUGGUGUCAAAUGCUCAGCUGGACAAUGAGAAAACCAAUUUCAUGUACCAGGUGGACACCCUGAAGGAUGCGCUCUUAGAGUUAGAGGAACAGCUGGCAGAAUCCAGGAGGCAAUAUGAAGAGAAAAGUAAAGAAUUUGAGAGGGAGAAGCACGCUCAUAGCAUACUGCAGUUUCAGUUCAUGGAAAUCAAAGAGGCUUUGAAGCAGAGAGAAGAAAUGCUUGCAGAAAUCCAACAGCUGCAGCAGAAACAGCAGAGCUAUGUCAGGGAAAUUUCUGAUCUUCAGGAGACAAUAGAGUGGAAAGACAAAAAAAUAGGGGCACUAGAGAGGCAGAAAGAUUUCUUUGAUUCCAUAAGGAGUGAGCGGGAUGACCUUAGAGACGAAGUGGUUGUGCUGAAGGAGCAACUGAAGAAACAUGGAAUAAUCCCAGACACUGAUGUAGCCACCAACGGGGACACAUCAGACAUUCUGGAUAACGAAGGACACUUGGAUUCUUCCCGAACUGCCCCAGGCACCACUCAGGCAUUAAAGACAGGAGGGGAGGGCAUGCUAGGCAAAGCCAAUGAAGUGGAGAUGAAAAAUGAGAUUUUGGAGGAUGUGGGGAAAAGAGAAAUCUUGCAGAAUACUGAGCAUGAGGAACACAAAGAGGAGUCUGAGGAGGAGGAAGUACAGACAUUGCAUGCUGCUGAAAAUGCAAAGGCAGAACAAAUGGUUGAAGAACGGGAUGCCCUGCCAGCAGUGAUGUUACCAGAGAGUAGGUUUGCAGAGCAAGCCCAAAGCCUCACAGAACCUGUGUCAGGGAGCACUUCUUCAAUCAGUGACAGUGACACAGAUGGCCUGAGAAAGGUCACAGGGUCCAGGGGCACAGCAGUCCAGCAGCCUGAGAGUACAGAGGCUGAACACCAUGACUUGAGUGCAAGGACAAAUGAGAACCUGGAGCUGGGCUCUCUGCAAGGCCACCCGAUUUUUGAGACUCCUCAGGAAAUGUUUUGUGACUCAGGUACAGAGCAGGAGCUGGGAGAAGCUGCACCUGACCAGGAAGAACAAGAGGAUGUUGAAACCAGCCAUGCCCUGAGUGAUGAUGAAAUGGAUGAAGGAUCUGACAGUACAAGUGAGAGCAGUGAGUUGGUUUCUAACCAGGCAGGGCUACCUGAGGGAGCAGCGGCAGGCCUGCUUAGGGAAGAGGGAAAUGUGGAGAGUUCCACUCCAGAGGAACCCCAGCACUCAGAAGAAAGUGCUGAAAACAAGGUUGCAAAUGUCUUGGAGGAAAAGCUUGUUAACUGCAGUGAUGGGACAAGUGAUAAAACAGCAGGUGACAGAGCUGAAGAAGAAGAUGAGGUUGGGAACACUGUUCAGGGUCAGCCAAGGGAAACUGAGUCUGUGGGUUUGGAGGAGACAGAGCUAUGUGAAAGGGAUGUCCCAGCACAGCCAUUUGGAAAGGAAGGUGGAGAACAUCAGGCAUUCAUCCAACCAGCUUCUUCAGAGGACAGUGCUUCAGCAUCCCCAGAGGAACCAAGUACACAAGGUAAAACUGAAGAUGAAGCUGCUACAGCUGAGAAGGAUGGACAGAAGGAAGAAUUGAUGGAAGAGCUGGAGAAUUGUUCAGGUUCUGCUGAAACAGGCGAGCAAGGUGUGGCAUCUGUGGAGGCAGGAGGCUGCAUUCCCGAGGGACAGGGAGGUGAGCUGCAGGAGGCACAGCCAGGAACAGAGGUUGUGGGAGAGGUGAUCACUCAGGAAACCCAUUUAGACCCGAGUCUCUCAGAUGAUGAAGUGAAGGAGUCAGAAUUGGAGACAGGGGAUGAGGCUGGGGAAGGACAGGAAAGUAGGACAGAAUUGGUAGAAGACUUGAAUCCAAAGGCAGAGGUUCAAUCAAGUCAGUGUAGUGAAGAAAAAGCAGAUGGUACAGAGGGAGAGAAAAAUGUUCCUUUAGAGGGUGAAGUGCAGAAGGUGGUUAAAGAAGCAGAAGGUGAAUCUGAGGAGGAGUCAGGUGUAGGUGUCACUGUAACUACUGAAAACAAAGCCAGUAAAGAAACACUGAAAGAAAAUGAGCAAGAGGUAGAGCUUGCACACCACCCUGGUGGGGAAUUUGCUUCUGAGGAAGGUGCAAAUAAUGCCCUGGCACAGAAACCUGUGCAGGAUGAAAACAUUAGUGAACAAGUUAAAGUGGAGGAAGGUGCAAAUAAUUCUCUGCCACAGAAACCUGUGCAGGAUGACAUUAGUGAACAAGUGACACUGGAGGACCAAGCAGAGGAAAUCGUGGAAGAUGAUGGUGAUGCAUUUGAUUUUGAUGAAGAGUCAAAUCAAAUACUAGAAUCUGAUGAAAAUUGUGAUGAAGAGAAAGCUGAUGCACAGGCAGAAGAGGACGAUGGAGGAAAUUGUGCUGUUGGAAAAACUGCCCACACAGACGAAACUGGAGAGGGAACAGACAAAAUGGAAACCAAAGAUGCCUUGACCAAAGGUGAAGUCCUGCAGCAUAAAAAAGAUGAGCCUGAAGAAACAGGGUGCUUGCAAGGGAAAGCGUUGGGAAAAGCUGAUGAGGAGGCUGAUGUGGAGGAAGAUGAAAUCAAAGUAUCAGAUUGUAGUAAAGUGGGAAAAUUACAGGAUCGAGAUGUUUUGGAACAGGAUUUGGAAAGUGCUUUCAUUAAGAGGGCUGAAAGCAGGGAGGAUUUGCAGGUUGGUAAAAGGAGUAAGGGCAGAUCCAGAGAUGACUGUACAAUCUCCUGAGUUCAGAAUCUCAAGCCUGCACGAGUUCCAUGCCCUGUGACCCGUCCCAGGACACAAAGAUGCACUUUGCACAAGACAUCAGACCUUGGAAUACUCUUAGAGCUUUGUCUUUGUAGGUAACUCAGCAUACAGCACGGAUGUGGUAAUGAUGCAAGUACUAAGUUAUUCACUGUUGUACCCAGCCACAAGAAAUUGUGAGUGGGUUUGGUUUUGCUGUGUCUCAGGUUGAAAGCUUAUCACCUAAUGAGGAAGCUUCACAACUUGAUUAUUCAAACUAUUAUGCAAUUAAAGUACCUCUAGUGUGGAUAGCUGCUCUUGAGGAAUUUCUAUAGGAUUUUUUUUUUAUUCUAGCCUAGUUGAUCAAUAUCUUGAAUGUACAUUGGGCCUUUGAUGCACAUUACGCUUACUUGUACUUAGAUCUACAGCAAGUACAUUAACUCUUCAUGAAGGAACUCAGCAGAUCAGCCACACUGAUGGUGAAACUUCUUUCAGAAUGCUUAAAGCCUAUGAACCAAUCUCUUAUUUUUUUUUAAUAUGAAGAAAAAAUAUCUUUUCAUUCCACUUUGUGUGUAUUUCUUACAUGGUCGUAUUCCAAAAUAUAGUUAGAUCAUUGUGAAUCUGCUUAGUCUGAGCACUUUGGAAGAGCAAUACACAGUUUGGAGGAAGUGCAACAUGCAGGUCUUAGCUUGCUGAAAGGAAUAAAUAUACACAUGUUUACUUCAUCUAGGCACUUUGCACCACAAUAGGCCUUUUACACCAUGUCUCACAUGGGGUUUUUAUUUUUUUUCCAGAGAAAGUGUCAAUACACACUGUAAUGUGUGCUUAGGUUUGCUAUCAAGUACUGUCUAGAUAUGAAUAUAUAAAAUAUCUAUUUUUCCAAGAAGAUUUUUGUUUAAAAUUCCAUUUGCUUACUGCAUUAUAUAUAUAUAUAUAUUUUUUUGCAAACUAUGAUUCUGAAAGAAUGUUUUUAUCUCUGAAACAAAUCUUAUCUCUUUCCUUCUGGAAAGAAGAUAACUUUGCAUGUCUUAACUCUUGCUGGAUAUCAGACCAAAGAUGACUGUUGUUUUGUGUACUAGUCCCCCUGUGCCUUUUGGAAAAGCUGGAUUGCUUUGAAUUGCUGGCAUAGAUUAGGCUCUUGCACUCCCUUGCUGUAUUUCCUCUUGCAUCUCUGCUAGUGCUUGGGAAGGAAGAACAUGUUUUGCAUAUAUAAAUAUUCGUUUGAAGUGUUAAGCAAUGAAUGUCCCAGGGGAGUGCAGAUCGAGGGGGGUGUGGGCUAUGGAAGGCUGUAUUUGUGUUGAUGUUACAAAGUUGUCAGAGCAAAAUUUGAAGAUGUAUAUCAAAAUGUACUGCUGUAUAUAAUUUAAAUAAACGUAUUUUAUACUUUAAAGUA